AUGUAAUUUGAAAGAGACAGAGAGGAACGACUCAUCCGCGCACAGCAUGCUAAUUGCUUAGUUAUUAUUAUAUGCGAUAAGCUGAAUGAUAUGUAGGUCUAAUGUAACAAUACCAGAAGAGAAAGUCGAGCAAAUGACAGUGAUCUGGUUUAAAAAUAAAUACAAAAAUACAAUUAUUAUAAUCUUACAAAAUAUGCAGGAAAGAUGUCAUUACGUCUGACGAUGCCUUCGACGUGUGUAUGUGUGCGUCUGUUCGAAUUUUAUUCUAGUUUUAAUGGUAUUUUUGGUUUUAAUUGACGCGGAUAACGGUGAUACCAAAAUACCCAGCAUCAGUUCGGUCUAGAACGCAGCAUCCCGUUAUCUCGCGGGAUCUCCCUCCUCUUCUCGUACCAUCGCGUCGCUAACAGCGCUAGUUGCUACACCCGCCACGAGCGCGCUCCGGUGUCAAAUGUCAGCCGUUAACCAAACGAAUCCUCUGGUUUUCUUCUAUUCGUGACAAUAAUGACGAUAACCUAGCUGUUUACAGAUACAUUAGCGUCGGGGUUGCCCGCUUAGCCAGUCGUAACUCCAGAAGUGUGAAGCUGCUGGCUAACCCGUAGCUAGAUGAGAGGCUGUUAGCCGAGGUGUGGGCAGGUCGCUGUAGCCUCUCUAGAGCCGCUCUCCCCCAGCUGAAGAGCCGCCCUCCGCCCGCUGCAGAGCCGCUCUCCUCCCGCUGAAGAGCCGCCCUCCGCCCGCUGCAGAGCCGCUCUCCUCCCGCUGAAGAGCCGCUCUCCGCCCGUUGCAGAGCCGCUCUCCUUCCGGAGGAGUGGGCAGGUCGCGGUAGAGCCUCCUCCCGGAGGUGUGGGCAGGUCGCUGCAGAGCCUCUCUAGAGCCUCUCUCCUCCCGGAACCGGGUUCAUGUCGGCCCGUCAGACACAGCCACACCUUGCGGGAGAGCAGACACCCUGCGUUUAAUGUUUCGCCAGGACGUCAGUGUGCCGUCUUUUAUUCCGUCUUGUUUGUAUCUUUUCCAACACGAGAAGAGGAACAUGUCCAGGUACAACGUGUACAGCCUUCUGGACUGGGUCUACGGCGGCGUGGACCCCAAGUUCGAGGGCAACGGGGGCCCCGAGUGCGCCGCGUACCUGGCGCCCCAGCAGCGGCUGAGCGAGAGCCUGGUGGUCGUCCUCAUCUCCCUCGUUGAGAUUGCCCUGUCGCUGAGGAAGAUCCGCCGCUCGAAGGAGCUUCAGGUCCCGGGAAGAGACUGGACCCGGACGCAGAAUCAGGACAGUCUGGGGAAGAACCUGUUGCUGGUCUCCCUGUGCAUGACUUUUGGGAUUGAGGUCGGGUUCAAAUUUGCCACCAAGACUGUGAUCUACCUGUUGAACCCCUGCCACGUGAUGACCAUGGUGCAGAUCUUCCUCCUGGCCUGUCCACCAUGCAAAGCCUCCAUGAUCAUCUUCAGGCUGCAGGUCCACAUGCUGAAUGGCGCUCUCCUGGCUCUGAUCUUCCCCAUCCUCAACACCAGAUUGCUGCCAUUUGAGAAGGAGAUCUACUACAUCCAGCACGUGAUGCUCUACCUGGUGCCCGUCUACCUGCUGCGGAAAGGAGGUGCCUACAAGCCGGAGCCCCUGGGGGACAUGUGGUGGGCCCUCCUCUCCACGGGGAUCCUGUUCCUCUAUCACUUCAUCUUCCUGCAGGGCCUGGGCAUGGUGACGGAGGUGAACCUGAACAGCAUGCUGUGCCCGGCCGUGUCGGACCCCUUCUACGGGCCCUGGUACCGCGUGUGGGCCACGGCGCACCAGACGCUGCUCACGCUGCUGCACGGCAAGGCGCUCACCUUCCUGUGCCAGCACGCCGCGCCCGCCUACCACGCCCUGCUCGACUCCGCCCGCCUGCGCAGCAAGAAGAUGGACUGACCACCUCCGUCUCCUCCCAGUCCUCCUCCUCCUCCACUCCGUUCGACCACGUUCGCCUUUUCGUUCCAGUAUGCCUGUUUUCGUUGUGUUCUCGUUUUCUCUUUCUUUACUUUUGUAAAAGACUCUCUGUCUCUGUCUCUGUCUCUGUCGUUAUGUGAGUAUUCUCUGAGGUCCGUGAACGUCCUUCUUUCUAGUGAUGAGCCCGGCUCUGCUCUCAUGCUUAGAACAGGGGCCCCCUGGUGCCCUGAGACCCACAGGGGUCCCUGGGGGUCCAGAGACCACCUGGGGGCCCCUGGGGGUCCAGAGACAGCUGGGGGCCCCUGGGGUCUUGAGUCAGGUCCCAGCGCGGGUCGGAGAGGAGAUCUCUAGAAUCUACUCCAGGGAACUUCUCAGCAAAGGUUUUGGUUCUGUUGCCUUGUUUUAGUUCUUACGUCGUUUUGAACACGCUGAGUUGAAGUUGUCCUGAAGACCUUAAUUGUUCACACGCGCCUGUGUGUGUGUGUGGGGGAAAAUGUGUGUGUGUUGUGUGCGUGUAUGAAGCAUUAUUUUCUUUGCAUAAUUCCUAACAGUAACAUGUAAAAUAUUGUAGUCAUUCAUACGUUUCUUUCAAAGCAUAAAAAAAAAAGACUGAUCCUGUUUACUAUUUAUGAUUACUCCAUCAGCGUAGUCAUGACUACGACCUGUCCUCCACGGGGGGGCUUCUUCUCCCACCGUCUUGUUGUGGGCUUGAACGAACACGACAACAAUCUGUGUUUCUAUUGGUCAGCCAUUUCACAGCAUUCCAAUCGCCAUGACGUCAUGUCGAAGGUGCAUCGUGUGUGUGUGUGUGUGUGUGUGUGUGUGUGUGUGUGUGUGUGUGUGUGUGUGUGUGUGUGUGUGUGUGUGUGUGUGUGUGUGUGUGUGUGUGUGUGUGUGUGUGUGUGUGUGUGUGUGUGUGUGUGUGUGUGUCCUACUCUGCCGGUAACAAUAAUAUGUCUAACCAGAGUAUUCUAGAUUGUUCUAGAGCAGCCGUGGUUUCAGCUCUCGGCCAUCGAGCGGAGACCUCGACCAACUCGCCACGUUAGACGAGAUUCAUCCAUGUUAACUUUGCCUCAAUUGAUAAUUGUAAUGUUUAAAAUGUUUCCCGUACUUGGAGUUUUGAGGGAUUUUCACUCUGUGUUACUGUAGCAUACGUUUUAAAGGCAGCGGUGAGUUUUUUGUACCAUGUUUGGCUCCACUGUGCUGUAUUGACAAUAAAAGCAUUCGGUCCAUCAGUCA